AUGGCGCUCAGUUUCUUCAGCGGAGGCGGCAGUGCAAGUCACGCAAAGUACUUUGAUAUCCGACUCGACGAGGACUACAUUGUCUUCCGUGGUGGUGAACAAGAGUCUGCCAGUGCCCAUUUGAGUGGGAAACUCAUCCUCUGUGUGUCGGAGCCGAUUUCUAUCAAGCAUAUUCGUCUGCAUCUCACUGGCAUUUCGCGCGUCUGUUGGCAUCUCCCCUCGAGUUCGGCUGGCGGCGGGCGCAAAAAUUGGAGGGAGCGCGUAUUCUACGAGAAGACCUGGAGAUUCAGAGACGCGGGCAAGAGCAAGACGGAGAUCCUCCCUGCGGGCAACUAUGAAUACCCUUUCGACAUCAUCCUAGAAGGCUCCAUGCCGGAGAGCGUCGAGGGCCUUUCGGACACCUACGUCACCUACCGCUUCAAGGCUGAAAUAGGCCGCAAGUAUGCGAAGGACAUCAUCGUCCGAAGGCCUCUCCGCAUUAUCCGCACCCUGGAAUCUAGCGCGCUGGAGCUUUCACACGCUAUGUCGGUCGAGAACAUCUGGCCAAACAAAAUCGAGUACUCAAUCAGCACGCCUACCAAAGCCGUCAUCUUCGGCACAAGUAUCCGAGUCGAUUUUAAGCUGAUCCCUCUCCUGAAGGGGCUCGGAAUCGGUCAAAUCAUCUCGCAACUCGUUGAAACCCACGACCUCACCCUUAACCCCGAAGACCCGGAUGCGAUCCGCAACACCUACAAAACCAACCGCACGAUCAUUAACGACGAACACACAAUAGACGAGGAGAACGGUGUAGAGAUCAUAGAUGAGGCGGCAGAGGGAUACCAGUUCUCGCGCACGCUCGAUUUGCCCAAGACCUUGACGAGAUGUCUGCAGGAUACGGACACAAGGGGUAUCAAAGUGCGGCACAAGUUGAAGUUCCGAGUACAGCUUCUCAACCCUGAUGGACAUAUCAGUGAGUUACGAGCGACGCUCCCGGUCUCGAUAUUUAUCUCGCCAAACCUUGCGAUCGACGACAACAACAACCUUGUCGAUACCAGCCCUCAGACGACCCAAAGAGCAGUCAAUGAUCUUGCUCAACAAGCACCUCCCUUGUAUGGAGAACACCAAUUCGAUCAGCUGUACAGUGAAGUCGAUCCUUCCGGUUACCGCACUCCCGGUCCUGGAAGUGGCCCGGGGACACCCUUCGGUACGCUCAGCCGCAACCUCUCCACCGAGAACCUCGCGUCCAUGAAUGCAAUGGCCAACACCGAUAUCUCCGCUACCGCCUUGCAUCACCGAUUGAUCAAUCUUGAUAUGCGCGGCCCCAGUCGUCUCUCGCCGUCAGAACACGAUCAUCAAGGAGUCACUUCAGACCACGGCCCGCCCUCGGGAUCUAACACUCAUGGCUCAAACACUCACGCACCCGGGAGCCCCGACCUUUCGCGAAGAGCCUCGGACGAAGAUGUCCAUGACCACAUUCCCUCUGGAAUGGCAACACCCUUCCACCCCCACUCUGCGGAACUGGAGACUCUCAGUCGCGUUCCGAGUUAUACCACCGCUGUGCGCUCGUCUGUCCGUCCGCAUGAUAGCGGCUUGCCGGAUUACGACGCUGUGGUGGCCGAAACUGUUAGCAUGUCAGCCCCUCAGUCCCCGCAGCAAGCACAUAUACGAGGUACCGGCACUGGUCGUGGAACCGACUCAUAUUUCAGCGCGCCCAUGGACUUCUUCCACCGACCUGCUUUUCUCCACUCCCGCUCUCAUAGUCAUGCCGAUGACGAGCGCAGGGUCCGCCUGAAUCAAGCACGGGGCAGGGCCUAG